UACCGAUCGAUCCUCUUCCUCCCUCCACGGACAUCUGCUCCAUCUAGCAGCUAGCUUGCAAUGGCACCUCAGCGGCAGCAGCAGCAGCACAAGGCCGCCGUGGUCGCGCUCUUCCUGCUGUCCGCCCUCGUGGCCGCGCCCGCCGUUGCUGCUUCCAGGCCCGAAUCCGGCGGCUACGCACCCGCCACGCCCUCCGAGGCCGCGACGCCGGCCGAGCCCGCCGCCAGCACGCCCUCCAAGAAGGCGGCAGGCUACACUGACUCUACGCCGGCCGAGUCCUCAGCCAGCACGCCCGCCGAGGCGGCGACGCCCGCCAAGAAGGCGGGAGGCUACACUGACUCUACACUGGCCGACUCCUCAGCCAGCACGCCCAUCGAGGCGGCGACGCCGACCAAGGCCGCCGCCAGCACGCCCGCUGAGGGGGGGACGCCGACCGAGGCCGCCGCCAGCGCGCCCGCCGAGGCGGGGACGCCGACCGAGGCCGCCGCCAGCACUCCCGCUGAGGGGGGAACGCCCGACAAGGCCGCGGCGGGCUACACUGACACUACGCCGGCCGAGCAGCCCGCCGCCGAUGGCACUAAGGUCAAGGUGCCGCCCGGGGAGGGGAAGGCGACGACGCCCGAGCAGAAGUUCAUCGAGAAGGUGAACCAAGCGUUCAAGAAGGCUCUGGACGCGGCCAACGCGGCGGCGCCCGACGACAAGUUUUCGGUGUUCGACGCCGCCUUCAACAGGGAGAUCAAGCAGUGCCUCGCCGGCAUGAGUGCCAAAUUCAUCUCCAUGAUCGACCGCGCCUUCAAGAUAGCGUACAACUCCGCCGUCGCCGCCACCAACGCGCAGGAAAAGUUCUCCUGCUUGGUGCUCACCCUCACGGAGGCCCUCCGCUUCAUUGCCGCCACCCUGGACGCCCACGCCAUCAAGCCAGCAAUCGAGGAGGUGGUUGCCGGAGGCAUGAAGGCCGCGGACGGCGCGACGCAGGUCAUCAAGAAGCUCGACACGAUCAUCAAGGCAGCCUCCGCUGCUGCCAAAGAAGCUCCGAAAGCCGACAGGAUCCUCGUGUUCCAAGCCGCCCUCAACAAGGCCAUCAAGGAGCAGAUGGGCCCCGGCUACGACGGGAGCAAGACGACCUCCGAUCUCGACGCGGCGUUCAAAAAGGCCGUCGAAUCCGCCGCCACCUCCAAGCCGGAGGCUAAGGACACCGACGUGGCGGACGCCUUGGCGAAGUCCAUCACCACCAUUGCCAAUGCCACCAAGGAUGGCGCCGAAACUGCUGCCGCGCCCGCCGCAGAAGCCGGUACCAAGACUGCAGCUGCCGACGCCGGCUACAAGGCCGCCGACAAAUCCGCUGCCGAGCCCGCUGCCGCGCCAGCUGCCGAAGCCGCCGACAAAUCCGCUGCCGAGCCCGCUGCCGUGCCAGCUGCCGAAGCCGCCGACAAAUCCGCUGCCGAGCCCGCUGCCGCGCCAGCUGCCGAAGCCGCAACCGCGCCCGCUGCCGAAGCCGCUACCAAGCCCGCGGCUGAUGAAUCCGGUUACAAGGCCAAGGCCAAGGCCAAGGCCAAGGCCGAAGCCGCUCCCGAGCCCGCAGCAGAAUCCGCUACCAAGUCCGCUGCCAAGCCCGCAGCCGAUGCCCCUGCCGAGCCCGCUGCGGAAGCGGCUACCAAGCCCGCAGAUGGCAAAUCUGGCUACAAGGCCGCCGCCGAUGCCGCGACCAAACCUGCUGCCGCAGGCGGCUACAAUCUGUGAGCUGCUGGCGCAAGCUAGCUUUUCCCUUUCCAUUCGUCCACGCAUUUAGCCGCGCGAUCGACACAGUGCCAUUGCUUUAAUAAUUCCUUUUUGUAAUUUUUGUCUAGCAUUUAUGUGAUGGUGCAUUGCAUGGAUGGAUAACAUGCAAUCCCCAUGAUAAGUCAGGUUAAGUCCCUGUCAGCCGUGAUAAAUCUUCAGUUAUGCUAAUUUAUAGUGGACUGGCUUUUUUUCAGCCGCAUUCAAAAGAGUUUUGUCACUAGCUUAUGUCUUUGGUCUA